GUGUUGUUUCUGGCAUUUCUUACUACCACACCUGUUUCAGAUAUUUUUUCUCUCUCUAAAACCGUUUUCUCUCUCUAAAACCCUUCACAACGCAAUCUUCAUCUCGUUUCAAUUCUCGUUUCAAUUUGUGAUUCCUCGAUAACGAUUCAACGCAUUUGAUUCCGAUUUUGAAACCAAAGCUAAGGUUACGGAUUUGACUGAUUAUCUUCCGAUUAGAUUUUUGGAUAAUUGUUUUGAUUUGAUUUGAUUUGACAUGGCGAAUCGUAGAGAACGAGAUUUGAUUCAUAGAGACGGUGUAGAUCCAUUGGACGGUGAGGAUUUCAAUUUUGACGAUUCUUCGUCUGUUGAAUCGUACGCUGGUAGUGGUAGUGGUGGUGGUUCCGUUGCGAGUAGUUCUUCGCCGGGAGAUGAUGACGGCGGUGGUUUGAGGAGUGAGGUUGGACUGACGGAGCGGUUGACAGAUAUUAUCGUCGAUGAAAGCGAUGGCGAUCUGUUGAUUCAGCAAACUAAUUGCGAAGAGAGGUUGUUGCAGUGGCUGCAAGCUCUUGAUAUGCAAGUUAUUGGAGCGUGUCGUGCUGAUGAGAGGUUGAAACCGUUGUUGAAGAUGAAUACUGUUUCUGGCGUUUCUGAAGAUCCUUUGUUGACUCAAUUAAUUCAGCAUUUUGAGCCAUCGGAGGUUGGUAUGUUAGCUAGAUGCUUCUGCUUGCCUCUUGUUACCAUCCGCGUUGGGAAGAUCAGCAAGGAAGGAACUCGCUUAUGUCCUACUGCUAAUAGGGGUAACUUGACACUUGUUCUACUUCCAAGUUCUGAUCUUCGUCUCUCAUUCAUUGGGGAUGAUGGUAAGACAGAGAGAUUAUUCACUCUUUCUAGCACAUUCCAAUGCUCUUCUGUCGUGGUUCAGGGAAUCCCAACUGACAGCUCUGGCCGAUCCUUCCAUGUUACUACUCCUGAUGACAGAACUUUUUUCUUCUGGUGCUCUGAAAAGUCUAAGCUGCUAGGAGUUGAAUUACUUGCAAAGAUGGAGGAUUUACUAAAGAGGAAACCAUCAAUUGCUGAACUGAGUGGCAUUAGCAAGUCGCGGCUUGAUUGUUUUGCUACUCAACUUCGUGCUUUUCUUGUGGGGUCCACGGGGGGAGGUAGUCAUGACAGUUCAGCUUGUGCUUCAAUGUCUGCAAAUUCCACGGCAUUCGGUGAUGUUCCAAUUGAAAACUCACACUCCUCAUCAUCAAAAUUUCCUCGAUCUCGACAUAUUGUACAGACAACAAAGGGAGAUUCAAUGCUUUACCAGAGCAUUCUUAGUCCAAGGUCAAGUUCUUUUAAAGAGGUUCCCCCAAGAAACCUGUCUUCCCAUAGGAUUGCUGCUAGGGAGAAGAUUAAGCGCCGUGGUGACAACCAGCAGCAAGCAGCUGACAACUUGGAUUUAUCAUCAACUUCUGAUCAUGGCAAAGCUUCAGACGUAACAAAAACUCUUCCUUUCUCUCCAAAUUUUAUGGGAUCAGCAGGGAUGUUUAAUGUUCCGUCAAGCCUUGGACCAGGCGGGGAAGUCACCCCUGUGGUGUCUCCUCUUUUUUCUCCCUACUAUUGUUGGUGUCCACCUGGGAUUUCUUCUACCUUUCCAUCCAUUGCAGCACUACCACAAUCUCCUGUGUCAUUUGCUGGAUCACAGCCACUUGCCUCGGGUGCCUCUCUACUACCCAACACUCUUGCAGCUAGCCUAUUCCAACCAAUACAGCCUCUCAAUCUUGGUUCCUCAAUGGACUUUCCUCCAUUUUUCCCUGAACCAUUAGUCAGAAUGUCGUUACCAACUUCUCAACAGAUUCCCACUUUCACACCCCUAAUGUGUGAUCCAAUUGUUCAUGUCCCAAUAAUUGAUGUCUGUUCUUCGGGGCAGGGCUAUCUUGUGAGUGCUGGACCUGCAAUGUCAACUAGUAUUCCACCGCUGCAUCCAAAUCUUGUGAACCCACUGAUCUCUGAAUCCGAUGCAGUGGUGAAAGGUGCAAGGGAAACUCUAAGGUUGCUGAUUGGUGGCUCAAGCCAGGGUAACCAACAGGUUAUGAUCGACCCUUUCCCAGCAAUUUUAACCAAUCUGAAUGAAAACCAAAACAAUGUCCUUGUUGCUGGCAGCCGCGGUCUUUACACUGGAACCAGAGAUAUAAAUGUUAUUGCAAACAGCAUUGCUGCAAUGGGAUUAGUAUCAUUAUCUGGAGCAUCCAAUGGAGACAAUGAAAGUGAUUCAGAGGUAUGUGGCGGCAACUACGGUAUUUUGGAAGCAAUAAAGAAAUCCAAUGACGCAGGUGGUGCCUUUUCGGAUGAGGGCGGACCCUUUUCUAAGUAGUUAUAGCCCGGAAUGCAAUUGUGUUUUUCCAUUUGUUGAUCUUUCUCUCGUGUCCAGAAAAUGUAGAUAUGUGCUGUAGCCCUUUUAAAUGGAAUUAGUGUAAGUAUCACGAUUCCUGAUGCAAAAUUUGCCUUUAUUCAUCCUAAAUUCAUUAGAAAUCCUUUUUAGUCAAGUUUAAUUGAGGACUUGCUUAAAAUUGCAAAGAGUAGUUGCUUUGAUCAGCUAAUGGAAUUUUAGUGUGACUUUCAUGAUUCUUGAGCUGUGAUGCCUUUAUUUAUCUUUAGUUGCGGCUUUACCACUUGAUA